AAAAGGAAAAGUGCGGGGGAAGAAGAAGAUGAAGAGAAGAGAAGGGGAAAAUAUCGCCGCGGCGGGGAAGCAAGCCAAGCAAGAGGAAGGAAACCCUAGCCAGAGCUAGAGCCAGAGCCAGAUAGAUUGACAGAAACACCAAAAGCGCCGGUCGCCGGAUCGCCACCACCAGGGCAGCCAUCGCCAUCGCCGCCGCCGAGGCACAGUCCCUCCCUCCCUCCCUCCCUACAGGCUACAGCAAGCAAGAAAGCGAGCAGGCAAGGAGGGGGGGAUGGCGGACAGCGGCGGGGUCAGCGCCAACAACGCCGCCGCCGGCAACGACGACGAGGAGGGCAACACCGCCCCGUUCCCCGAGACGGUCCAGAUAGGAGGAUCUCCCGAGUACAGGGUCGAGAGGAAGCUCGGCAAAGGUGGCUUUGGCCACGUCUUUGUCGGCCGCCGCCUAACCGGUGGCAACGGCCGGGGCGCCGGUGCUCAGGAGGUUGCAAUAAAAUUUGAGCACAACACCAGCAAGGGGUGCAACUACGGCCCUCCAUACGAGUGGCAUGUCUAUUCUGCUCUUGGAGGUACUCAUGGUGUGCCCAAGGUGCAUUAUAAAGGCCGUCAGGGUGACUACUAUGUCAUGAUCAUGGAUAUGCUGGGGCCUAGCUUGUGGGAUUCCUGGAAUUCAGCAGGGCAGACCAUGCCAUCAGAAAUGGUAGCUUGUAUUGCUGCAGAGGCCAUUUCUAUCCUGGAAAGCAUGCAUUCUAAAGGAUAUGUACAUGGAGAUGUCAAACCUGAGAAUUUUCUUCUCGGUCAGCCUGGAACUCCUCAAGAAAAGAAACUUUUUCUUGUAGAUCUUGGAUUAGCAACAAAGUGGAAAGAUCCUGCUACUCAACAGCAUGUUGAUUAUGAUCAACGUCCGGAUGCCUUCAGAGGAACAGUCAGGUAUGCUAGUGCCCAUGCGCAUUUAGGAAGAACUGCAAGCAGGAGAGAUGACUUGGAAUCACUGGCUUAUACACUAGUAUUUCUCCAUCGAGGCAGGUUGCCAUGGCAAGGAUACCAGGGUGAUAAUAAAUCAUUUCUGGUGUGCAAGAGAAAGAUGAGUACGUCACCUGAUAUCCUUUGCGGCCUCUGUCCUCAACCUUUUAAGCUAUUUCUUGAGACUGUAGUCAACAUGAAGUUUGAUGAGGAACCAAACUACUCCAAGUUGAUUUCUUUGUUCGAUGUUCUAAUUGGACCAAACCCUUCCAUCAGACCAAUCAAUACCGAUGGAGCCCAAAAGGUAGGGCAGAAGCGUUCUAGGCUGAUUAAUGACGACGACGAUAGCAAUGCAAGAAAGAAGAUUCGCCUGGGUGUUCCAGCAACACAGUGGAUUUCAGUGUAUAAUUCUAGAUCACCCAUGAAACAGAGGUACCACUACAAUGUGGCUGACAAUAGGUUAGCGCCACACGUGGAGAAAGGAAAUGAGGAUGGUCUGCUGAUAAGCUCAAUAUCAUCAUGUGUUGAUCUUUGGGCAAUCAUUAUGGAUGCUGGAACUGGCUUCACGGAUCAAGUCUAUGAGCUGUCUCCACAUUUCCUUCACAAGGACUGGAUUAUGGAACAAUGGGAGAAAAAUUUCUACAUCAGUUCUGUUGCUGGCGCGAAUAUUGGAAGCUCUCUUGUAGUGAUGUCCAAAGGCACACCAUACACGCAGCAGUCCUACAAGGUGAGCGAUUCCUUCCCGUUUAAAUGGAUAAACAAGAAGUGGAAGGAAGGCUUCUACGUGACGUCGAUGGCGACAUCAGGCAGCCGAUGGGCCAUAGUCAUGUCACGCAACGCUGGGUUCACCGACCAGGUGGUGGAGCUGGACUUUCUGUACCCGAGCGAGGGCGUCCACCGGCGGUGGGACAACGGGUACCGGAUCACGGCGAUGGCGGCGACCAUGGACCAGUCGGCCCUGAUCCUGAGCAUGCCGAGGCGCCGGCCUCGGGACGAGACGCAGGAGACCCUGCGGACGUCGCAGUUCCCCAGCGCGCAUGUCAAGGACAAGUGGGCCAAGAACCUCUACCUCGCCGGGAUCUGCUACGGGCGAACGGUGGCCUAGGGGUAGCAUAGCCAUAGCCAUGGCUGCCGGCGGAGCGAGCUGGAUGCAAUGCAUCCUUGCUAAUAACUAGUAGGUCCUAUUUAUCCAGACCUGAUUCUUGUUGCUGACACCAACCCAACCCCCACCCCAUCCCAUUCAUGUGUAUAUUUUCAUGGAGCCGAGCAUUGGUGGUCAGCAGCAGGAGGAUCUGCUUGCUUAAUUUUAAUUUUAGUUUUAAUUACUGCCGCAUCGAUUGUAGCGCGUUGUUUGUUUGUUUGUUUGUUUGUUUGUUUGGAUGGUGAAUGAAUGAAUGAAUGAAUUUCCUCCUUAA